CACAUCGUGAAAACCUUCAGCAGAGUUCUCUCCAGCUUCAUCUCCUCCAUACCAAUCAGCUUCCCCAAUCCCGCCAAGUCGCAAUACCACUAAUCCCAAUGCAGCAUCCUCGACUCACACACCUUCUUGCCCAACGCUAAAUCACAUGACCAACAGCGCAUGCGCGUCAUCUGGCACCACCCCAAACUUCACACAGCCGGACCAUUCAAGACGAUCAACAAGCCUGCCUCCCUGUCGCUCCAGCAUGGUCUGACAGUUGCAGGCGACGCCAAACCUUUCACAUCAUGGGCGCGUCGCAGAGAGUUCUGUGCUCACACCUUAGCGGGCUGUGUGGCGCACGCCAGCGCUCCUCCGGCGAAGUUUAUUUGCACCGAGGAUGAAGGACGCGUGCGGGCAUGGUUUCUCUGCUUGUGCUUCGCUGUGCUCCAUGCAUACAGCCGUGCGAACACGAUGACAUGUCACUUUUGCUUCGCCCACCCAGCCCCAUUUCUGAUGUCCCCACUAACGUCAUCGCUAAUGUUGAGCGAUGGAGGACGCUUGCAGCAAGUUUGCAGCUGCACACAAUCACCUAGCCCGCUCGCGUGAGUUAGGGGAGGGAUUUGGAAACGCACCGGGAAACCCGCAGCCGUACCACUUUUGUGCGCAAAGGCUUGAACGGUAAACGCGAUAUGGUCGUUGACGCGCUUAUGCGUCCGGUAGGUGCUCCGGGCCUGUCAGAACGAAGAUCGCAGUAAGAAACGUGUGCAGCUCGUAACUCAG